CCCGGCUGAGGUUUUUUUUUUUUCCCCUCUUCAAUGCUUGCAAAUACCCUUGGUGAUUACAUUCAGAAACCAUCGAUACUGAGGCAGCGUGAUUAAAGAGUUGAUCUUUUUUUAGUAAUUAUUAUAUUUCAUACACUUUGGCCCUUUAGGAUCUGGCCGACAGACAUCAUGUCAAACGAAAAGGAUUUUGUCGAACAGUUUUCCACUACUACAGUGAGUACAGUAGCUAUCCAAGCGGGGGAAUCCAGAAUAGUUGUAGCAGUACUCAAGUGUGGGGAAUUGGUGAAUCUACAGUUAUCAGAAGCCGUACCCAAUUUACUUGAUAUUGGCAACAAUCUAGAAGAAUCUAAAAAAUUGCUUGAGGAUCACGAGCUGCUUCUUUCCAAACUCAAGUCCUUGGAAGAUCAAGUAUGGGACUUGUUAUGUGAAGCAGAUAAGACAGCUGACGAAAAUAAAGAUCAAGAACGUGUGUAUGAUGCUAUGGCAUCAACCCUUAAAGAUGCGUGGGACACACUGAUCGCUGUAUUGGAGAAGAGACGGACUCUCUUACACUUGGCUGCAGACUUCUUUCGAAUUGCACUAGAGUUUUCUACCUCAAUUGAUCGAGCAGAGGACUUUCUACAGAAUACAUCAGGCCAGGAAUCAACAGAUAAUAUUACAGAAUGUUUCAAUCAACUUCAAAGUCACACAAAAGCCCUUCUUGAACGAUCACUGCAUUUGCUCAAUAAAAGCCAUGAACUGACUGAAUUCAUAGACCUUUUUAAGAGUAACCAGUCAAUUGCCUACUGCCAGAUCGCUCGGGGAGCAAGAGUUAGCUGCUCGAAAAUUGACAAUCUUCUGGAAUUUCUGCAAGACAGGAGACGACAGCUGGAUAAACGGUUCAAGCAACUGCGCUCAAGACUGGAGCAGACCUUGCAAGUUAGUCAAUGGAAUCAGGAAGAAGAUAAGGUUACCUGUUGGCUGAAAAAGCAUAUAGAAGUGUAUUUGAAGACAGAUGUAUUAGGCUCAUCGCUGACCGAGAAUGAUGAAUUACUCCACAAGCACAAACAAUUCGUCCUUAAUGCUAAGGAAUGGACCCCUGUUAUUGAAAAGUUAAAAAGAGAGGCUGCCCGUUUAGUUGCGAUGGUGGAUUGUCCAGAAAAAGAAUACAUUUUGACUUCAAAUGAUAAACUAAAUGCACUUAAUGCUGAAUUCUGGAAGUUAGUGGAUCAAAGACAAAACAUUCUACAUGAAGCCAACAACUUCUUUAAAAGUGUGAACAAGGCUUUUGACAAAUUAGGAAACAUUGAAAUGCAUUUAAAACAUCUCAGGACAGAGGAACCGGGUAGCCCUGGGGGGGAAGUGGAAACGGAAAUUAGGAAAUGCACUGCUGAAGCCUUUCAGAGAGGACAGGUUCUCAUCAACAAAUGUUCUAAUAGCUCUGGGAUGACUGGAAUUCAGGAAAUGAUUGGAUAUCUUCAGAAAAGAGUAGAUCAGCUAACCGGCCACAGCCACACAUCUACAGAAUACAAUGUAAAGAAACAUUCUCUAUUAACAUCUCUUGAGGAACAUCUGAGAAAGGUGUCAAUGUUGAUUCAGAAAAUAAAUUCAGAACUGGAAAGAUACAGUGAUCCAGGCUGUACCAUCAACGAAUGUGAAGAGGUGCUCAAUAAACUGGUAGAGCUUUCUAAUCUAACCAAGGAAGCAUCUCAAAACAUGGAGGCCGCUGCCCAACUUUUGAAAGAAGUGACACAAAAUGCCCCAACCGAAGCACAUGCAUUUAUCACCAAUGCUCACUUUUUGGAUGAAAAACUGAAUAUUCUUGAUCAAACUAUAGAGGAGAAACUGGAAGUUCUAAAUGUAUAUACUACCUUUCUGAUAUCAUCAAAAGAGUUAAACUCUCAUAUCCAGAGCCUUAAGAAAAUGUACACAUCUAAUCCUGAAGAAAGACCGAUGUCCAUUGAGGAUUCUGCAGAUGCCCAGCUGCAACGUGUGGUCAAUGAGUUUUUUUCAGUCCGAGAUAUGGGACAAAACUGUUUAAACAUCAUAAAGAUGAUGAGCAAAAAUACAGUCCUGAAAGAAAGUCACGUGCAAACAGUUGAAUCCACAAUGGAUAACUUGAUUAAAGAAAAGGCAGAAUUAGCCAUUUUUUUGUCAGGAUGGCAACAGCAUUCCAACCAAAUAAAAAAAUCCAGCAAGCAGCAAUGGAAAACAAUAGAAGAACAGUUGAGAUCUGCAUCUAACAAGCUACAAGAAUUAGAGAAUGAUCUACAACCUUUCUCCUUACUGUGCCUUGGGGAUAAUCUCCAAAAUAUCCUAAUUGCACAAGAAAAACUGAAUAGUAUUAAAGAUACAUUUCAGAAACUCAAUACUGAAACUGAACAUGCUGCAAAGAUGUCUGAACUUCUUAACCGGGAACAAACGACUGUCAUGGAUGCAAGUGGGAAAAUAAAUGAUCUUGCUCAACAUUACCAAAGAGUGAAUGGAAGCAUUAUGGAAUACGAAGCUCUUUUAAUUAAGAUUGGGACAUUUUAUAAAUUUAAGACAGAAUUGGAAAUUCUUGUCAGAUCAACACAAGAACCCCCGAAACCUCCUGAAGUCAACGAUGACGUCCAGCUCCAUAAAACAAUUGAGCAGCAAACACACAUUACAAGCCUAUAUAAUCUGAUACGUAACCUGGGGACAGAGAUCAUUUCCACUGCUCAGUGCUCUAAAUACAUCACUAUCCCCAUAAAGGAUUUUCAACAACAGCUUAAUUUGCUGGAAAAUGAGAGACGAGAUCAGGAUUUCAAACAGAACAAACAGGAGGAGAAAGCAUUAACAAAUCCUAACUUUGGAGAAGCUCUACACGAUGUGAAAGAGCUAAACGAAUCGUUUAAAGAUGUGAAGAAAAAAUUCAACAACUUGAAAUUCAAUUACUCAAAGAAAGCUGACAAAGGUCGGAAUUUGAAACUGAUUAAGAACCAGAUACUGCAAGUUGAAAUGUAUGCAGAAAAGAUGCAGGUUUUAAAGAAAAAAAUUGAUAAUUUAGAAAAGAAGACCUUUACAGGUGUUGUCUCUCAGCAAGCUGAUAAAGCAGAUGUUUUUAAGGAAGCAGUAUGUGAUUUGCUGAAAAAAGUGAAUGACUUCAACUUUGUUGUGGAAGAAUAUAAACAGAACCUUGAAAUGGCAGAAGAUCUACAACAUAUAAUGGAAGAGUGCCAGUUUUGGAGUGAAGAAGCUUGCGCUACAGUUGUCAGAGUGGGACGUUAUUCAGCAGAAUGUAAAACAGUGGAAGCCAUAGAAAUUCUCCUUAAACAAUUUAACAAGUUUGUAGAACCGACCGUCCCUCAACAAGAGGAAAGGAUACAGGAAAUGACUAAUAUUGCCAGCCAUAUAUAUGGACCCGAUGAAGGGAUGAAGUAUAUAGAGAAGACAAUCACAAAACACAAAGAAAGUAUUCACUCUGUGAAUGAUUUAUACAUAUACUUAAAGGAACUUGAGGAAAAACUGCAGGAACCAUGUAAAAUGCUGGAAACGCCCACGAAUCCUGCCUCCGAAGAACUUUCGUCCCAACCCAUAGAUCUACCAUCCUCUGCCAAAGACGGUAGUAUGCUAACAGACAUGGAUUUGCGGCCUGAAUCCCUAGCAGAGGAAGCUGCGUCUGGCGAUGAAUAUGAGUGCAUAUCGCCCGAUGACAUCUCCCUGCCUCCGCUUGCUGAAACACCCGAAUCCAACCUCCCUCAAUCUGAAACCGAGCAGGAAGAGCAGCAUUGCUAUAGCUCCCACAGCAUGCAUGUUAGCUCAUACAGCAUGCAUAUGCAGACGAACUCGAGCGGCAAAAGGGUAACGGACGCAGGCUCAGAUAUCGUAACCCCCAUUGCUUAUACUGACACUUCCCACGUUAAAAGGGAAAGGACUUCGAGCUUUGCAGAGAGAUUCUAUUCUCCCACUGUUUCUUAUAAAAUAGAAUCUCCCUCCGCGCUUCUUUCAACCGUAGGCAACGAAACCCGAUAUUUGUUAAAUACGUCUCCUGCAAAAUCUAAACCUAACUACAGCAUGUCAAAUCAAGUGCAUGAAACUCACAUGCAACAUCAUUCUGUUUACACAAGCAUGGAAAAAACAGAACAAUUGCAUGUCCCCAGUAAUACAUCUAAUCCUAAAGAUAGGCUGCAUGCAACCCCAGAUGAAUUCUCAAGUCUCGUGUUUCAAUCAGACCCAGCCAAAAGCUGCCAGAGACAUAUGGUGACACAAGAAGCGAUUAAAAGCGUUUCAGAAAAACACAGCAGCGUUAAUGUUGCAGGUCAGACCUCUGGCUUCUCCAAGCCCCUGCCUAAUAUCACUGUUAAAGAAGGCUCCCCGGUGACUUUGGAAGUAGAAGUAACAAGUUGUCCAGAGCCAACUCUAACAUGGUUCCAAAAAGAACACAAACAUUCUACAGAUUAUGGAGAAGAAAGCAAAAACACUUUGGUCAUUCGAGAGGUGUGCAAGAAAGAUCCUGACCAAUAUAUUGCACACACGUCCAUUUGUAGAAACUCCUUUUCUUCUAUUGACGGCAUCCGAUGGGAAGAUGACAGGUCACCUCUUUCAGAAAUAGACUGGAUUACUUUACUUUUUGUCUACCUUUGUAUAUCAUUAACGUAUUGGCUUUUCACAAAUUGAUCUUAAACACUGUCAUCAAACUGAUUUAUAGUAGAUAUUUCUGUAAUGACAUACAACCAUGUAUCAAUACUUGUGAAAUGUAUUAACACAAACAAUUUUAUUAGUUAUUAAAACAAAAAAAGUAUAUUUGCAGAGGCAGCAGCAGACCUCAGUAGACAGCUGUCUUUGAGCUACAACCCUCAUUAUGAUCUGCCAACCUAUACAUGGAAUUAUUCAAGAUGGGCAUUUGCAAUUACAUAACAAGUUGCAAAAUAAAAAAAAAGAAAACUGAAUGUAGAACAAAAACAUAACUGUUUUGAUAAAACAGGAAAUUAACUAGUACAUUGGGGUAUUCGACAGGAGUAUUUCCAUGUAAUGACAAUACAUUGUACAUGCAAAAAAAAAAAUCUGUCAUCUGUCAGCAACUGACCUUAUCAAUAACACUUUGCAUAUCAGGCUCUUUGGUCCCCUACGAUAAGUCUCAAACUUCCCCAAAUCACUGUAAGCAGAUAAUGGCUGAUUAAAAUCUAUUUGUUUGUUAUAUUGAUUCUGUAUUUUUGUUAUGUAACAUUAGACUAGACUACAAUACCCGGGGACAGUGACAGCCAGCAGGUGGAUUCCCAUGUGUUUUUUGGAAUUUAACUGACAUGAUCUUCAAUCAAACUGUAUCUGAGAAAACACACAAAACCGUCAAAACCUAACUGUAGGCUUCCCAUGGUCUAAGGAGAAUUAUAUGUUACUAUUAAGUUAUUUCCAUGCCAUUUAUUUAAUGGUGGUGAACUUAUAUGUGUAGAAUUUUGAGAGGCACAUCCAUGGUCAUAGGAUUAAAUAACUUUUUAGCUCUGGUGCUCGUCAAGCAAAUAUUUUACAAAUUAUGGUAAUGCCUUAGAUGUGCCCUUGCUUAUGUAACCUAUGGUUAACUCGUAGUUGCAUUAAUUUAAUCACCAUAAACAGAGACAAAUGAAGGUUACCCAGGACCCUAGACAGGUGUGUAGUGGCUGAGUGCUGUGUGUGGAAGAAGAAGCUGAGAGCUCUAUGGGGGGCUGAGUGUGUUUAUGUGUGCUGGUUAAGAGUGUGUGUGGUGGGUGAAUUUUGUGUAGAGGAGACUGUGCCCGAGUAUUGUGUUUGUUUUGGUCCAGUAAUGGCAAUGAAAGAACUAUGCACAUAUUACAAGUAAUUAUUAACAAUUAAAAUAAAGUAUUCCUCCAAGACUCCUUGU